CCGAUAACCAAGGAGUUCGAGUCUCUUGUCUGACUUCUCGUUAAAUUUUAUCAGAUAUCAAAAGGGGACGAAAUUUAAGCUUAGGAAAGAUCUCCGGGUGAGAGCUUUCAAACCAAGGUCAGUCGUCUCGCCGUAUUGAGGCACGUGUGAGUGCGUGCGUGCGUGCGCGCGCGUGUGUAUGUGUGUGUUGUGUAUAUGUACGUUUUACGUAUAUACACGCGCGUAGACGAUGGCAGUGAUGACCUGAUGACAGUCCGUUUGCUCCGGGAGCAUCAAGAGUGCGCGUGAGUGGUCGAGAGGCAGGCGCCGUCCGUCCGUCCGUCCAUUCGUCGAACAUAUGAUCGUAGCUCCGCCAAGGGCGCGUGUCAGAACGUCGUCGUCGUCGUCGUUGUCGGUUUCCCGGAAGCGCGUUCGUUCGUUUGCCUUCUGUAUCCCGCCGCGAUCGACCCCUGCCCGAUCGCGCGUGCGACUCGCGGAAAUGACAAAGCGCGCCCCGCGCGCGCGUCACCAGUGAACGAGGCAAAGUUCGCAGGAUCAUUCGUGAACGGGUCGCGAAAUAAUCCCGUGCGUGGAAGGAAGCGGAGAGCGCCGCGGCGUCAGACAUGAGUUCCGUCUGGAAGCGCCUGCAGCGGGUGAACAAGCGAGCCGCCAAGUUUCAGUUCACCGUCUCCUACCAUGAGGUCACGUUAGAGACGACGACGAAGUGGAAACCAAAUAAACUGAGUGUUGUUUGGACGAGACGUAGUAGAAGAGUUAGUUCAGAACCCUUAGACUGGGAGCCAUGUUUGAGCGAUCCUCUGAAAGGUAUUAUUAGUUGGGCAGUUCCUGACAAUCACACGGUUUCUGUGACGCUGUUUAAAGAUCCACGAACACACGAGCUAGAGGACAAAGAUUGGACAUUUGUUAUCGAAGAUGUGUCGUCGACGGGAAAAAGGCGUCACGUGGCUGCUGCCAAUAUAAAUAUGAAAAAAUAUGCAACCUUAGAAUCUAGUCAGCAACAACUCAAAUUGGACUUGAAGCCAACUUCUAAAAAGAUUGUUAGCGCUACGCUCGAAUGUACUUUGUCAUGUGUCUUUUUGCGAGAAGGCAAAGCAACGGAUGAAGAUAUGCAAAGUAUGGCUAGUUUAAUGUCGGUUAAUAAUAAUAGUGACAUUGCGCCAUUGGAUGAUUUUGAUAAUGAAGAUAUACCUGAAGACGUCGAAGAAGUGUCAGUAAAAAAUUUGGAUGAAAUUUUAGAUAUCUCUGCUCAACUCGAUUUAAUGACGAGUAGUCUUACUGAAAGUGAACUACCCAGUACUCCAAUAAGUGUGGCAAGUUUAUCAAAGGAUGAUACAACUCCUGUAAACGAUGGAGAGCAUUUCAUACGUGACGUUAGUCUAACAGGAAUUGGAGAGUCUUUAAAAGAAAAAUCGCCCAUAAAAGACAGUGUUGCCGUUGAAAAUGACAAAAACAUUGAACACAGCACAUUGAGAUUACCACUGCAACCAUUGGAUCUUAAAAAAAAUGACGUAAACGUUCCAAGAUUGAAAGAAAUCACUCCUGGCCAAGAUUUAUUGGAAUGGUGUAAGGAAGUUACAAAGGAUUAUCCUGGCGUCAAAGUCACCAAUCUGACAACAUCUUGGAGAAAUGGAAUGGCAUUUUGUGCGAUUAUUCAUCACUUUAGACCUGAUCUAAUAGACAUCGACUCCCUAUUGCCGCACGAUGUAAAAGGCAACUGCAAGAAAGCGUUUGACGCGGGUGAAACUCUGGGCAUACCUAGAGUUAUCGAACCGGCUGACAUGGAUAUAUUAACGGUACCUGAUAAAUUAGCUGUGAUGACAUAUUUGUAUCAAUUGAGAGCGCAUUUUACUGGCCACGAACUGGAGGUACAUCAGAUAGGUAAAACAACGGAUGAGUCCUCAUAUAUGAUCGGCAGAUUUAAUACAGACAACAACACGGACGUGAGUGUUCAACUGUUUGGUCAGGAGAUUAUUAAUUUACGGAAGAAGGAACAGAUCGAUCAGAAAAACAAUAAAGCGGAGAGUAACAGACGGUCAAAUCCGUUCGAUAAUAAGAAGGAUGAUAUUUGCAUUGACUCGUUAAAAAACAAGCUGCACUUGAGCCUGAACACGGACAAUCAGGACCACGAUCAAUGUAACAAAGACAAAUCGCCGUCCAGCGUGAAGGAGGUCAAGGACAUCAUAUUGGCCAGCUCAAAGAGCAUUUUGGGCAAGGUGUUGUCGCCGACCAAGGAAAAGUACUCGUCAAGGGAAAAGAGCAAGUCUCCGCCGAGAGUGCAACAAACGCAGCAACGUCCGAUACUUAUGACACGCCGGCAAUUAACUGAUCCGUUCGGCUCCGAUGAUGAAGAGGAGAACAUACAGAUAAUCGACGACAAAUGGUCGCAAUCGAUCUCGCUUACAAAAUCACAAAGUCCGGUCCGUGAUGACUCGGUAAACUCUGACGAUAGAGGAAGUCGAGGUAGUUCCGAAUGUCAAGGUGCAUCGCCGCUGUACGGAGAUCAACGUUCACAUCCAUUGGUUAGCCGGCAUGAUGAGUUGCGAGAGCGAGCGAGGCAACUCCUGGAACAAGCCAGAAAUCAGACAAAGCCAGCUGGAUUCGUUUCCACUGCAAAUAGUCCCGUCGAGAUACAAAACGACGACGAGAGACAACAACAAUUGCGAGAAAGAGCGAGACGCUUGAUUGCGGAAGUGAAAAUGGGCGUCGCUGUGACUCCAAAUCAAUUGAAUGACGAUAACAACAGUGAUAGACGAUCGAUAGACGAACAGAAUAAUAGUCCUAGACGCAGCAUUACGCCAUCGACGCCCGGUGAUCGGAUCAGUAUAAAGUCCGAGUACAAUGGAAAUAUAUUGGGGAACUCGAGUGUAUUAGAUGGAGAAAAGAAAACUGGCUCUCCUUUGUAUUCCUUUUCCAAAAUCAUUGAAAGAAUCUCACCUGAUAAAGGAAGUCCCGAUAGAACUCCAUAUACACUUCGCGGAUUGGGCAAAGACAUGACAUCAUAUAUUCAAAAUGAACUCGAAGCGCUUGAAAGGGAGCAAAAUCAGAUUGAUAUACAAGCUGGCAAGCUUGAAAAACAAUUGAGAGCGGCCAUGGAGAGCGACAACGAAGACGAAACGGAAAGACUGAUGUCCCUGUGGUUUACUCUUGUUAACAAAAAAAAUGCACUUUUAAGAAGGCAAAUGCAACUAAAUAUACUGGAGAAAGAAGAUGAUUUAGAGCGAAGAUUUGAGCUUUUGAAUCAUGAAUUAAGAAGCAUUCUUGCAGUAGAAGAUUGGCGGAAGACACCUGAGCAAAAAAUGCGUGAAAAUUUAUUGUUGGAAGAGUUAGUAUCUAUUGUAAACAAAAGGGAUGAAUUAGUGCAUCAUCUCGAUACACAAGAGAGAGCCAUUGAGGACGACGAUGAAAUAGAGCGUGAUUUAUCUCGUGCUGGACUAGCUCAACGAAACAAAAAUUGUGUUGUUCAAUGAGAAGUUAACUGUUUACCGCGGUUUUCAACAUUAUUGUAAAGGCAUAACUCAUGUUACUGUGGAGUUGCCAAAAAGUUGACAAAAUUAAAUGUUGCGUUAUGUGUGACGUUUUAUAGUUUUCGAAUAGGUCAUUUUUAGAGACUCAUUUUUUAUUAUGCGUUGUAGAUUAAUUUAUGAAAAGAUAGAUCAAGUAAAUUUCUCCACCUCUUCUUUAUUUAUAAUAUAAACUCGUCAAUCAGCAAUUUACAACAAAAGAAAAGAGAUUAAAUUAGAAAUGAUGGAAUAAUUUUUUUGUACGAAUACAAUAUUAAUGUAAUAUAAGCAUUUUAUGUUUCAAAUGAAAUGUUGCGCGUUAAUAAGAAAAUUUGCACUACGUGCAAAUAUAUGAAACAAUAUAUAUUAUGAAAUGAUAAAUUGUGCAAGAUAAUUUAUAAUCAGCAAAGACGAAAAGAGACCAUUUUUUUAAUAGUAAAAUAAGGUGUUAACAAAAUUAAGAAUUAACACAAAUCCAAAAGAGCUUGGAAGAAAUGCAAGUUAGUGAAAAAAUUAUGUUUUUUAUAUGAUCUAACUGUGAAGUUAUAUUUAGUGUUAUAUAUUUAAAAAAAUUUUGUUUAUAUAUAAAUUAAGAGUUGGUUCAAAAGAAAAUAUGAAACCGGAUGCAAGUAAACUCUUUCUUGCAAACGAACUUUAGAUACUUGAUUUAUAUACAAAAUUAUAUAUUUUGUGGUUUAAUUAUUAAGAGAUUUAAUACCGGAAAGCCAAAGAAAGAGUUAAAAUGAGUUAUUCAAGAGAUACGCGAAAUAUACGUAAAAAGCAAUUUAGCAAAUAUAUCUUACGAAAUUAUCGAUCCACAUCAAUUUACGGAAAAUUGAUCAUAGAACUGUGAAAAGUGGAUCACGUAUCGGCGUUACGUAUAGUUUUUAUAUUUGCCACAGUCGUUCCCAUCGAGCAUUCGCAUGUACUCUAUUUGUGCCAUAUGAACGAAUUGAUAUACUUUUUACAUCCUACUUGACAGAUUCGUAUAAAUGCGGAGAAAUGCAUUAAAAACGAAUCCGAAUAAUCUUAUUAAUGGUAUAUUUUAAAGAUUACCGUAAUAAGAUUAGUAUUUAUUAAGAUUAAUUCUUAUAUGUGGUAUAUCUAAGUGUAAUAAGAAUAUUAUGUUAACUAUAUAAUUUUCUAUAACAAUAUGAUGUGUUACAUUCAAGUGUCUUGACUAACGUUACACGUAAAGAAAUAAAAAAACAAAUUCGUCCGCUAAAAAUUUUUCAACUUAACGAAAUCCAGAGGAAGGGGCAAAAAUUAUAGCGAAUAUUGAUUACGUUUAUGAUUCGUUUCAAAUGUGUCGAAUUAAAUGGUAAAUAAUUAUCAUUUCUAUAAUUUUUUUCUAUAAUUGCAACAAAUGCGAAAUCAUUGACAAAUAUUGUGACAAAAAGUACCUUUUUAAGCAUAAUUGCUCCGUGAAAUGGAAAAUAAAAUACAGAGCAGGGUUUACCUGUUGAAAGCAAUAUACAUAUGGAUAUCCGUAACAUAAAACAAGAUUACUUCCUAACUCUUUUAUUAUUUCAUCGUAAAAUCACAAAUUUCAUAUUUAGAUAUUUAAACAAUACUCUAAUUUUAAUUAAAAAUAUUGAUUAGUUUUAUUAAAUUAUCCGUAUUUGUCUAUAGCAUAGCAAAAAUUGUGAAAAUUAUAAUUUCUUAAAUAAAAUUUAUGAAAUGAGAAGUUAGAAACAAAGUGUGUGGAGAUUAAUUGUUUUAUGGAUGUUAUACUUGACAAUCGCUACAAAUAAUGUCCAAAUUUCUCAUUGAACGAACAAUUAGAAGUUAUGAAUGUGUUUGUUCGACGCCUCCUAAUUACACCUUUAAUUCAAUGUAACGUAAUCCGCGAAGUUGAAAAUAUCUUGUCUCUUUCUGUUAAAUAAUCUUUGUUUAAGUACAUUGUGAAUUUUGUGUUAAUAUAUACUCAUAAACUAUUUAUAAUUAUUGUUAAAACUGUAUUAUUAAUUAUGUAUAAUGUAUGCAUCAAACACGAUGCGCGAAUGCUUGAAACGUUGCAAUGUCGAUACAAAUGAGGUACGACAAUUGAUUCCUAUAUAUACACACACAUACACACACUCGCGCGCGCGCGUUCCAAGCAGACCAUAUAAAAACCGCCCUUCUGAAAGCAUUAUAUAAUUAUCGAAACGUAUUUAGAGUAUAUACAAUAAGGCUUAUGAAAAUUUGGGGAAUUAUCUCCUCUUGACAUCUUAAUAUAUAUCCACAAUUAAAUCGAGUAUCAUAGCAUUUUAGAACAAUUUUAUAUUUUUACUUGUAACUUCUUAUAUUUUUUAUUUAGUUUUCGCGAGAAAUCCGUUAAGCUAGAGUCAUAGAAUAUUGCUGAAGAUGAUCAUUAGUGAAAGAGGAAAUAGUUCUUGAAACACAUACGAUUAGAACAUUCAGAAACGAGACAGAUAUUCUGAUGAAGUGAUCUCUGCUCUGUUACAUUGAACGAAUCGCUCAUUACACGAUCUCAUUAUGGAGUUCAAUGCAUUCUAAAAUCUAAAUAGGCAAUUGUAAACCAAAUAUGUAUGUAUAUUAUACUAGCUCCCAUCACGGUAUUCGAAUUUUUCAUGGUCUAGGGGCAAACGUGAUUAUUGGGGCGAUCGGUUAAACGACAAAUAAUUUAGCAAUAAUUUAUUAUUCUAGUGCCUACUGAAUACUUGUAUGUUUAUAAAACCGUAGCACACUGAAUUAACUUUAAUUUAUUUUAUUCUGUAUUACUAUAACGGGUAAUCAUUGUAAAAAUAACCGUUCUUGCCAAUGCUGUAGUCUUGUGGAGAUGUGCUGUUCUAUUUUCCUUUGCCGAUGUUAAUCGUAAUGUAUGUGAGAGUGCGAGCAAAUAAAGGAAAAACAAACGUAUCACGCAAUAUUCGCUAUUAAUAAAGGAAGACUUAUAAAGCACUGCAGAAGAAAACAAUAAAUAUGACGUUGAGGAUAUUCUAA